UUCAUUCAUUCCCCCAAGUCCCAGCCCUUCUACCUCAGAUUUUUUUCUCUCACCAAUCCAUUUUAUUCUUUCAUCCUACUAGCCAGUACUGGCCUUGCGUACAAAUAAUUAUCUCCCAAAGUCCCAAAUAACGGGCGAAUAAAAAGAACACAGUAGUAAAAUGGACUUGCCGAACCACCACGGUGUCGCUGCUACAGCUCCUACCGAAGCAGCAGUAGCAACGACAACCGCCGGCGCAAGUCCCGAUACAGAUGUGCCUCUUCGCAGUCCGAGCCCAUCUAAAGUCAGUGAAAUACUCCAUCUCAUUCAAUCCGACGACGUACAACAAAAAGUUGAAGCCGCCAGGGAGAUCCGCCGGCUUGCCAAGACUUCCCAGAGGUACCGUCGUCAUUUCUCUGACGCCGUUAACCCCCUCGUGCAGAUGCUCCUUUAUGCUAACUCCGUUGAGGCCAACGAAGCCGCCCUUCUCGCCCUCCUCAACCUCGCCGUCAAAAACGAAACGAAUAAGAUAAGUAUAAUUGAUGCUGGUGCUCUUGGGGCCAUCGUAGGUUUUCUUCAGUCGGAACAUCCAUUGCAGGAGCAUGCAACUGCAGCCUUGCUAACAUUAUCUGCUUCAUCUGUAAAUAAGCCAAUUAUUAGUGCUGCUGGGACCAUCCCUCUCCUCGUGGAAAUCCUAAGAGAUGGAUGCAUGCAAAUGAAGGUUGAUGCUGUUAUGGCUCUUUAUAAUCUCUCGACUCAUCCGGGCAAUUUAAACCUAAUUCUUCAAACAGAACCAGUUCCUUGUAUAGUUGAUUUGAUAAAAUCUUCUAAGAAGUCUUCAAAAACAGCUGAAAAAUGUACAGCUCUCGUGGAAUCUUUGGUAGGCUUUGAAGAGGGCAGAAUUGCAUUGACAUCUGAAGAAGGUGGAGUACUUGCAGUUGUAGAAGUGCUUGAAAGUGGUUCUCUUCAAAGCCGGGAACAUGCUGUAGGAACACUUUUGACAAUGUGUCAGAGUGAUCGGAGUAAGUAUAGGGAACCAAUUCUACGGGAAGGCGUAAUACCUGGUCUUCUUGAGCUUACCAUUCAAGGAUCACCGAAGUCCCAGUCAAAAGCGCAAAUGCUUCUGCGGUUGCUAAGAGACUCUCCUUAUCCAAGGUCUGAGCUUCAACCAGACACCCUAGAGAACAUAGUUUCCAGCCUAAUAUCUCAGAUAGACGGCGAGGAUCAAGCAGGGAAGGCCAAGCAGAUGUUAGCCGAGAUGGUACAAGUUAGUAUGGAGCAGAGUUUAAGACAUUUACAGCAGAGGGCCCUGGUAUACACUCCAGCUGAUUUGCCAGUGGCUAGUUGUGCAUCUGAGGUUUCAUCUAAGUGAAUUUUGAUGGGUCAGCUUUUACUUUUUCUUAUGAUUACAGGUUUCCCAUGUAAACUUUUGUGUGAUAGGUAAAAAUAUCAUAAAACCAUGCCAGUCCUGGCCCAUUCUGACGGGUUCCAAGAGACUGGUAAGUGUCAAUAAGCUGGAAAGUUUUGAAAGGCUGGUAUCGUAGGUAUUGUGUGCUACCAGUGUUGUACCAUACGACGUGUACUGAAAGCUUGUAUGAUAUGUGAAUGAUUUCUUUGCACCUA